AUGCUAAACGUUCAUGCAGAUAAAACCCUCACCCAUUGUUACUAUAUCAUAGCUCCAAAUGUGGCUCUUCGCAGCAUUCCUACCCAAUCCAGCACUCAAUCCUAUUAUGGGAGCGCGCAGAACGCCAAAGACGGCUCUUUGGCCAACAAUUACCUGAGGUCUCAGUGCUCUUACACAAAUAAGGAGGAUGGACCCUGGUGGAUGGUGGACCUUAACAAGCCUCACAAAAUUAUGUCCGUGGCCAUCACCAACCGCGUCCUGGAAUGUUGCAGAGAACGGAUUUUUGGGGCGGAGAUCAGAAUCGGGAACAAUCCGGAGAAAGGAGGAACAUCGAAUCCCCGUUGCGGUGUCAUCUCGUCUAUUGAAUCUGGAGAGAAGCUCUCCUUCUCUUGCCAAGGAAUGACGGGCCGAUAUGUGACCAUCACCAUCCCAGGACGGGCUGAACAUCUUGUCUUGUGUGAAGUCCAAGUCUUCGGCUUCCCUGCCAGCAGUGAGGAUGAAGUGACAGUCCCAGAAGUCUUAAAGACGCCCAACGGAGCUGUAAAUGUGGCUGUGAAGGGUGUCGCCCAACAAUCCAGCCUCUAUAACAUGUACGGCGAAGCCAAAAACGGCAUUGACGGGUCUCUAGACAGCAACUAUCUUCACAUCCAGUGCAGCGGGACAGCAGUACAGCACAACCCCUGGUGGAGGGUCGAUCUCAUGGGAAAGUUUAAAGUCUUCACCGUUGCAGUGACCAAUCGAGGAGACUGCUGUGUUGACAGGAUCAUUGGGGCCCAGAUAAGAAUUGGGAACUCGGCUGAAGAUGGAGGAACCAAUAAUCCCAUAUGUGGAACAAUCUCAACAAUGGAAAGGGCUGAGACCCUGGCCUUUGAAUGCGACGGCAUGGUUGGACAGUAUGUGACCGUCUUCCUCCCUGGAGAAAAUCAGACAUUAACCAUCUGUGAGGUCCAAGUCUUUGGACUGCCGAGUGACGUCUCCGUUGAAGACCUGUGGGAUCUGUUUGAUGAUGAUGAUGGUGGUGACUACUCUGAUUAUUUUAUUGGAGCAACAGAGACCAAAGAAGAUGAAGUAAUUGGACCAAAAGAGACCACAGAAGAUGAAGGUGAGAAUCUUGCUUUCCGAGGAAUCAGCUCUCAGUCCAGCACCUACGAUAAAUUUGGAGCUGCAGAAAAUGCCGUUGAUGGUUCUACAAAAACCAAUUACAUGUCCCAACAUUGUUCUCACACUGACCUGGACGUAGAGCCCUGGUGGAGGGUGGACCUCACAAGAGUCUACAAUGUCACCAAAGUCAAAAUUUUAAACAGAGGUGACUGCUGUUCAGAGCGGAUAGCAGGGGCAGAGAUCAGAAUUGGAACUUCUCCUGAAAGAGGUGGCUCACGAAACCCAAAAUGUGCAAAAAUGACAUCUCUGGGUCUGGGGAAGGAACAGGAGUACGUGUGCGGGAUGGCCGGCCAGUACGUCACUGUCACCAUACCGGGGAGAGCCGGCUAUCUGACGCUCUGCGAGGUGAAAGUUUACGGCAAAGACCUUCCAGAUAAUUACACGGCCAUUCCACUUUACAUCGACCCCUCCGAGACUACAGGACAUGAGGAUGCAAAGGAGCUGAGGAAUAUUCUGAAGCAUUCCAGUGCCGCACCUAAUGUAGCCCUGAGCGGUGAGGCCUCCCAGUCCAGCACGGAUGGAGGUGACUCCAGUAAAGCCUCUGAUGGCAUCUUAUCCAGCUGUGCUCGGACCGAGGAAGAAAGCAAUCCCUGGUGGACGCUGGACCUGAAAUCCAUCCACAAAGUGUUCUUCAUCGCAGUGACCAGCAGGAAGGACUCCGAGCCCACAAGUCUCGAUGGGGCCGAGAUCCACAUAGGAAACUCAGCUACAGGAUGGAGGAAGAACCCCGUGUGCGGGACGGUGUCAUCCAUUGGCCCCGGAGAAACGUUCUCUUUUAACUGUGAUGGGAUGGAGGGGCGAUACGUCACUAUCGUCAUCCCGGACCAGGUUAAACGUAUCGACUUAUGUGAAGUUCAGGUGUUCGGACUCUCCGUUGAUACCCCAAGCAAUGAAUGGAAUGGGAAUCUUGAGCUCCAGAAAGAACAUCACGGAGUCAAGAAUGUGGCUCCGCAAGGCUUUGCAUCCCAAUCAUCUCAUUAUAGUUCCAAAGAUGAUGCAAAAAGAGCCAUUGAUGGAUCUCUGCAGAGUAAUUACAUGCGACAGGAGUGCACUCACACAGCUCUUCAAAGGAACCCGUGGUGGAGGGUGGAUUUAAAAUCCACCCAUCGCGUCCAGUCCGUGGCCAUCACCAAUCGGGGUGACUGCUGCCGAGAGUAUAUUAAUGGCGCUGAGAUUCGUGUUGGAAAUUCUAAGGAGGACGGUGGAGUCGGCAACCCCAGAUGUGAAACUGUAUUCAAGAUGUAUUAUGGGGAGACAAUGUCCUUUAACUGCAAAGGAAUGGAGGGCCGGUACGUUACCAUUCAUUUGCCCAACCAAACACACUACCUAAACCUCUGUGAAGUCCAAGUAUUUGGUGAACCUGUUGCUCAAGAAGUCAAGAAUGUGGCUCCGCAAGGCUUUGCAUCCCAAUCAUCUCAUUAUAGUUCCAAAGAUGAUGCAAAAAGAGCCAUUGAUGGAUCUCUGCAGAGUAAUUACAUGCGACAGGAGUGCACUCACACAGCUCUUCAAAGGAACCCGUGGUGGAGGGUGGAUUUAAAAUCCACCCAUCGCGUCCAGUCCGUGGCCAUCACCAAUCGGGGUGACUGCUGCCGAGAGUAUAUUAAUGGCGCUGAGAUUCGUGUUGGAAAUUCUAAGGAGGACGGUGGAGUCGGCAACCCCAGAUGUGAAACUGUAUUCAAGAUGUAUUAUGGGGAGACAAUGUCCUUUAACUGCAAAGGAAUGGAGGGCCGGUACGUUACCAUUCAUUUGCCCAACCAAACACACUACCUAAACCUCUGUGAAGUCCAAGUAUUUGGUGAACCUGUUGCUCAAGAAGUCGUCUUGGAUCUUCAACAAACAUCAGCAUCAAUGUUUGUGAAGCUGCGGGACUUGCAUAUCAAUUAUGAAGAUGGAAAACUGUCCUGUGUGUCUCAUGAAUUCCUUGAGUUAACUAUUUCUCUUUCACCUUCUUUCCAGGCGGUGAAAGAUCUGACAGGAAAAUACUUCCUGUUCCCUAAAGAAAGCAACAACAGUUAUAUCGACCUGACCCCGGCUCUGCCACUGAUAUUAAAUGCCUUCUCCCUCUGCAUGAAGGUGUCUUUGGAUGUCCCGAAACACAGGGAAACCAUCUUAUUCUCUUACCGCAGUCUGUACUACGACGAGCUCAACCUGUGGCUGGAAGCGACCGGGAAGUUGGGGUUCUACAUGAGCGGAGAGGGCCUGAUGCUGGCAAAGCUGGACAGGAGAAAGGAGUGGCAGCACAUCUGCCUGACGUGGGAGUCGAAGUUCGGGCGCUGCGAGCUGUGGGUGAACGGGAGAAGAUCCGCCAACAGCGUGUACCGUAAGAGGCACACCGUGAGACCCGGGGGCAUCGCCAUGCUCGGCCAGGACCAGGACGCGCUCGGGCACAGCUUCGACGUUUCCCAAAGCUUCGUGGGAAGAAUCAAAGACCUGAACAUGUGGAGUCGGGUUCUGUCCAUCAGGAGUUUGCGGUCCGUCUUCAGGGGAAAAGAGAAAAGCAAGGGAAACGUUUUUGCCUGGAGCGAGCUAACGUUUGCCAAAAAAGGCGAGGUGCGAAUCGUGGAUAGCGCGUAA